AUAUAUUUUUUGGUGCAAUUUGGCCGGGACUGGGUUUGAACCCGCUGGCGCCCUACCCACUGAGCCACAGGCACUGCCCUUGUUCAACCUCUUAAGGAAGCAGCUUUUCUUGGGUGGAGGGGGGGAAACCUUUGUUAUCAUUAUUUCUAUAGUUUUGUUUUGUGGAUUUUUUUUUGAGACAGAGUUUCACUUGGUUGCCUUUGGUAGAGUACUAUGGCGUCACAGCUCACAGCAACCUCCAACUCUUGGGCUUAAGCGAUUCUCUUGCCUCAGCCUCUCGAGUAGCUGGGACUACAGGCGCCUGCCACAAUGCCUGGCUACUUUUUGUUGCAGUUGUCACUGCUGUUGUAGCUGGCUGGUGCUGGGUUUGAACCCGCCACGCUUGGUAUAUGGGGCCGGCGCCCUACCCACUUGAGCCACAGGCGCUGCCUGUGGAUUUUUUUUAUCUAUAUGACUUCUUUUUUUUUUUUUGUGUGUGGUUUUUGGCCGGGGCUGGGUUUGAACCCGCCACCUCUGGCAUAUGGGACCAGCGCCCUACUCCUUGAGCCACAGGCGCCGCCCUAUAUGACUUCUUUUUACUUACUCUUGUUUUUCUAGCUUCUUAGGAACCUUACUUAGGUCAUUGAUGUUAAGAUCUUUUUUAUUUUCUAAUAUAGCACCUAAAGCUAUCAUUUCUCCUCUAAACAUUGCUUUAGCUAUAUUAGAUACAUACGUUUUGAUAUGUUGAAUUUUUUUUUUUUAGACAGAGCCUCAAGCUGUCACCCUGGGUAGAGUGCUGUGACAUCACAGCUCACAGCAACCUCCAACUCCUGGACUCAAGGGACUCUCCUGCCUCUGCCUCCCAAGUAGCUGGGAUUACAGGCGCCUGCCACAAUGCCUGGCUAUUUUUUGGUUGCAGCCAUCUUUGUUCAGUGGGCCCAGGCUGGAUUCAAACCUGCCAGCUCAGGUAUAUGUGGCCAGCACCUUAGCCGCUUGAGCCGCAGGCACCUAGCUGAUAGGUUGAGUUUUCAUAAUCAUUUGGCUUGAAAGAUUUCAAUUUCCUUUGUAAUUACUACUUUGAUGCAUGAGUUAAUUCAGAAUUGUGUUGUUUAAUUUUUAAAUAUUUUGGGAGGAUUCUGGAUUUUUUUUUUUUUUUUUUUGAGAUAGAGUUUCACUCUGUCACCCUGGGUAGAGUGCCAUGGCAUCAUAGCUCACAGAAACCUCAAACUCCCGGGUUCCAGUGGUCCUCUACCCUCAGCCUCCCAAGAAGCUGGGACUAUAGGUGCUCACCAUCACACCCGGCUAGUUUUUCUAUUUUUAGUAGAGACAGAGUCUUGCUCUUGCUCAGGCUGGUCUCAAACUCUUGAUCUCAAGCAAUCUGCCCACCUCAGCCUCCCAAAGUCCUAGGAUUACAGGAUAUCUUACUAUUAUUGAUUUCUCACUUUAUUCCUUUGUCAUCAGAUAAUAUACUUUAUAAGGUUCAAAUUUUCAAUAGCUGUUGGGACUUGUUUUAUGACCUUUCACAUAGACUAUAACAUUCUGAUUAUAACAAUUUUGUUUUAUGACCUUUCACAUAGACUAUAACAUUCUGAUUAUAACAAUUUUGUCAAAAUUACAUUGUAGGGUAAGUUGUUUAGCAUAUAAAUUACUUCUCAAUAAACAUGUUAAAAGUUAUAUUGCAAAGGGCCUUUUUGCAUAAAAACAAACAAGAACACUGAAGGAGAAUGGCAUUUGAAUUUCAUUCAACAAAAUUGCCCCUGACCCCCUUCUUGGAGCCUGAUACAAUGGUAAUCUUCAGUGAAGUUAGAAGCAAUAAUUCCUUUAUGGCUUAAAUCUCCAUAGGCUUCUGGGAUGUCCUGGAGGACCAUCUUUGCCUUCUCUCUAUCCCUGCCACUACUCCAGGGUCUUUGCACAGGCCAUUCUUUUGUCCUAAAAUGCUCUCCUUUCUGAUGUUGUCAUGGCUCCCUCAUUCAUUUCCUUCAGAACUUUGCUCAAGUCUUCCCUUCUCACUCACAUUGCCAUCCUGGGCCCCAAACCUGCUCUAUAUUUUCCAUCACAUUUAACACCUUCUAAUCACUACAAUGUUAAUUUAUCACAUUUGUUGUUUAUUUUCUCUCUCCCCUUGUGAGAACAUCACCACCCCAAGCAGAGCCUGGUACACAGUGGGUCCUCGAUAUGUGCUUUUUAGAUGAAUUAAUAAUAGAAUGAAUGAAUGAAUGCCUCUUGGCCCAGGGGUGUAACUCCCAGAAUUGCCAACUUGCUGUGAGACCAUGGGCUGUGCCUCAGUUUCCCCAGAUAUAGAAAUGGGGCCAUGUACCUAUGACCCCUCCUGGCCCUCCUGCUGUGAGGCUGUGGGUGUUGUGUUUGCAGUUCUGGCUCCUAGGGGACCUGCUCUGCUGACACUGAAUUCUUUCCUGGAUCAUCCAGCCACCUGGCCGACACUUGAUCCUGGCCCCACUUCCAGGCCAGUGUCCGGCCAACCUGCCUGGCUCAGGCCAGGGCCCCAAGACUCCUGGUGACGGACAAGAGGCCGUCUGUGUGGUUGUGGCUGUGGGAGGGUGUGGUGAAGCCAGGGCUCUGCCAUCACAGGCAGAGGCUGUGAAGGUUGGUGACUCUGCCUGGGCCUGUGGCUGCCAGAGUUGCAGUGGCUGAGGAGACAGCACCAGGGCCCUGGGCUCUACCUGUGGUCCUGUAUGUGCUCUCCAUGGGGACCCUUGGCUGCAACCCUGUUCCACGGCUGACCACAGUGCCUCUGGGCCGGCGAGUGACAGAGGGCCAGAUUCUGGAGACCGACCUGAGGAAGUCCUGCAGGACAUCUACACUGGAGAAUGGCUCCGGGCCAGGCUUGUACAUCCUGCCGUCCACUGUGGGUUAUGUCAACCACGACUACACCAGGGUGGCCAGUCCUGCCUACUCGCUUGUUCGGAGGCCCAAUGAGGCCCCUCCGCAGGAUGCCAGCCCGGGGCCGGUCUACUUCCUGGACCCAAAGGUUACCCGCUUUGGCCGCAGCUGCACCCCUGCCUACUCCAUGCAGGGCCGGGGCAAGAGUCGGGGUCUGGAGGUGACACCAGGCCCUGGGGCCUACAGCCCAGAGAAGGUGCCCCCUGUGCAUCAUCGGACUGCUCCAGCUUUCACCCUGGGCUCCCGCCUCCGCCCGAAGCCCCUGGACACCUCAGUCCCUGCCCCCAAUGCCUACACCAUGCCCCCUCUCUGGGGCUCUCAGAUCUUCACCAAGCCCAGCAGCCCCAGCUACACAGUGGUGGGCCGCACGCCCCCUGCCCGUCCCCCGCAGGAUCCUGCUAAGAUACCCGGGCCAGGCCAGUACAACAGCCCAGACCCCGAUACCUACCGUCAGCGCCAGCCUGCCUUCACCAUGCUGGGGCGGCCACGUGCCCCACGGCCCCUGCAGGAGACACCUGGCCCUGGUACCCACAGCCCUGAGCAGGUCACAGUGAACAAAGCCAGGGCGCCAGCGUACACCAUGGGCAUCCGCCACUGGAAACGGGCCUCUACCAUGGCUGCUGCCACCACACCCUGAUGGCCUGUGGGGUGCAGGCUGCCCAGCUGCCCCUCCUGGGCUAGGCCUCAAUUUCCUGUGCUGUGAAGGGGGUAUGGGACAGGCCUCUCCUGGGUCCUGACUUUGGCUGGAGGGCCUCAGAGAAGUUAGCAGGGCACGCUUUCUGAAUGGUCUGAGGUCCUUCUGGGUCACCUGAUUCUUCUAUUCCCGGGGGCUGUGACCCUGUGGCCCUGGGCAGGGUGCAGGGCGAGUCUCCUUCCAGUGCCCCAGUUUCUUUUCUCCCGGUCACACCAGGCCAAGCCAGUCAGGGAAAGGGACACUCUUCAGCCUUCCCCAGUAGCUGCCUGGAGAUGGAGCUUCCUGUGUUCUAGAACUCGGCGUCCAGCCCCAUUAGGGCCUGGGUCCUCAUCACUGUUCAGGUUUCUACCAAACUUGGCCUCUUCUCUGCUUCUCUGGAAGUGUGGCUGCCCGGACUGAUCCCAGCUGGAAGCAGUCAGGCUGGAAGCAGCCCUGAGGCCUUGCCCUCCAAACUCCACACCCUAGAGUUGCUUGCCAAUAAAUCUCUC